GCAGGUAAUGGGUGAGGCAGCGAGGACCAGGCAGGAUGGCCUCGGGCGAGAAGAUUACCUCGGCGGCGGCUCCUCCAGCCCCUCGGACUCCUCCUCCCCACCCACGCCGUCGGACACACCCACGCCCUCCGCCGCGGGCCAAGGAGGGCAACAGCCAACCGCCCACCCCGCCGCCAGCCAGGCCCUCCCCGUGCAACUCACCCCCGGGCUCGUGUUGGCCUCCUCCGUCCCUGGUUCCAUUGCCAUCACCACCAACACCCUCGCCACCACCCAGCCUCAUGCGCCUCACGCCUCCUCUGCCAAGCCCGCCACGGUCCUCGCAGGGGGCAGCGUGGUGGUGGGCGGCGGCGGCGGCUCGGUGAUGUACACUGCAGGCGGCGGCGUGGUGUACGCGGCGCCGCAGACCCACGUGACGGAGGGCGGCACGCCGGUGCUGCUCAACCUGCCGCCCGGCCUGCAGGUCACCCACGACCAGAACGGCCCUGGCACAGGCCCACUGGUUACCCUGCCAAUGGCCCUGACCUCUGCAGCCCUACAACAAUCAGCCGCUGCUGUGGUGGUGUCAGCAGCCUCAGUCGCUGCCGCCUCAGCCAGCAUUAGUAACAGCAGCAGUAAAGGAAGCAGCAGCAAUAGUCAGGCCACUCCCACGGACCUGUCAAUGCAUGUCAAGAGAGAGAAGCGGCCGUGAGUCUUCAAGAAGGAUAAUAGCAGGGAUGGUGGGGUGGUAAUGGUGGUGGUGGUGGUGGUGGUGCUGUGCCUUGAGUCCCCGCCCACGCCACGCUGAGGCUGAGGUGGUUCAAUUGUCCCGUGUCCUUCAGAGCCUUGACUCAGCUUGGUACCAUGUGAUUUGUAGUAAUUUUAAUUAAGUAGUUUCAGGAUGAUGAGUCAUUGUUCACAUAUACAUCAAAAUGUUUAAUAGUGCUUUAGCUUGAAUCAUUUUACAAAAUUGAAUAUUUCAGGUAUUUGCUGAUGAUGGAACCAUAACUGUGUUCCUAAUUAAAUUAUCUCCAUGACAGAGUGGUGUGAAACAUCACCAUUUAGCCCAUUAUUUUAAUAAUAAGGUUCAUUUUAAUGAAGUAUUGAAAUGUAUUCUUUUAAUAAGAGGAAUAUGUGUUCCUUGAGUCAGUUGUUAUGCUGUCCUCUGUUACUACAUGCAAAGUAGUGUCACUUGAUGGUCAGCAGUUCAGAAUUUAGUGAAUUAUGCAUUUUGUUAUGUUUUGGCCGUGUAUGAUGAUGGUCAUGACGGGGGUGUGGUGGAGGCGGAGGUGGAGGGCCCUUGUGCGGGUCCUUGCAUGGCCUCACUGGUCCAGGGUGUGUGCCGCUGUAUGACAGUGUGAAAAUGGUGCAUGAGAGUCUGGUGAAAUGUAUUUAUUGCCUGCAUGGCUGGAUGGGGACAAGGUAUGUACUUCCCCCUGCUGUAGGUCCAUACUACUGCCUGGUCCCUGCUUAGCAAGGACCACAGUGAGUAGGUCAGCCAGCCAGCCAGUCAGUGGUGAAGGGCAGGGCAGGGCAGGGGAGUUGUGAGUCAUGGUAGUCUGGGGGUGUUUGUUUUAACAUAGCUUAGGAGAAUAUUAUGCAAUCAUGAACCUUGCCUGAAAUUUAAUAGGUAAUUAAAAAUCGGCACUUUUUACAUUCUCCUCCAACCUCACAUUUAGCCCUUGAUGAGCUUAACCCAUUCUUAUAUGCUAUGUACAUAUGCUGACAUGUUGCUGCCACUUCAUGUUUUGUUAUGAAUGUACUGUUAUGUACAGAACACACCACAAAGAGGCUUUUAUUUUACACAUCGAGUGGCUGUGGGUCCAGGAGGUGUGGAGGGAGAACCCUUCCUCACCUCUCAGGGCCGUGACAAGCCAUCAGCUUUACACAAGUUCCUGGUGUCCUAUGAGGGGGUGAAUGCUGAAGAGGCUAAACUAGUGCAAGUAACUGAUUUCAGACAACAUUAAAGUGUGUGACGAUGUUGUAGGGAUUUCAUAGAUAUUAAUAGACCAUUGCAUACAUUAUAAAGAUGAAAAAGGUUCCCUCUUAUUCACUUUCUGACUGUUAAAGUGGUGAUGGAGGUUUCCAGACAGUACUGAUGCAUUAUGUAAGCAAUAAGUCUUCUGUGAAUAAGUUUCAUUACUAUGAAUAAAUAAUCAAAGUUUAAAAGCAGUACCUGGUAUUAGGACUUAUUUAGGCUGUGCAUACUCAUGGUGUUUCUUUUUUUUUUUUUUUGUGAUCCACAUUAGCAGAUGAACCACUGCAACAAAACUAUCCCUUAGCCAAUGUUAUGGUGCAUUACUGCCUGAAGCUCUUUAAUGUAUUGAUUAAAACAUUUUGUGUCAGUCAAGUCCUUGUUUUUAAAGUGUUUAUGAAAACUCCUCAAAUGAGCCAUCCAGCAAAACUUAAACGAAUGGUGCACCAGAUGUUUUCAGGUGGUUGUCCUUCUCCAGAAACAUGACAUGCAGGGAAGGAGUCUUGCCAUACUAUAAGUCUGCAUGAACCCUAAUGCCAAGUCAAGUUAAAGUGCAAUUGUUUUGAUGUAAUCUUAAUAACAAAAUUCCAAAAAAACUAAUUACUUAUUUUAUUGAACAAACUUUUUUAUAACUACAAUGAAAGGUUUAAGAACCAAAUUAAUAUAUUAACUUUGAAUAGUUUAAAUUUUGAAGCAGCUCCACUGUGAGAUGCCACAGGCCAUUAUCAGAUGAUAAUAUCAAUAUGUAAUUAUCACAUAUGUGACACAAGUCUCUCAUCUUCACAAUAACCUUCCGACCAUGUGUCCAAAUCUCAGAUGCCUCUAAGGGCAUUAGAGGAUGUUCAGUAAACCCACAUGCACCUUACUUUUGUGAGUCUUGGUCAAGAGUGUUGAUUGUUUAUCAUCUAAGUUACCUUUGUGUAUGAUGUGCAACUGUUACAAGUUAAUUAACUAUUAUACACCAAUUACUGAUUUAUAUAAAUAACAAAAAACCAAUAUUUGGUCCUGCUUUACUUACUGAGGCACAUUACCACCUAACUGCUGUAGAAUACUCAGCCACUGUCUGGUGAACCCCAUCACUGCAUUUUGCUACUCAUGAUAAUAAGUUCAAGGAAGUGAAUUACUCUUCCUUGAUUAGUAUAAACAUCAGUUACAGUAUUACAACUCUAAGGAAAACUAAUAAUAAGGCAGAAGAGGUAAAUUGAUAUAUAUUAUAGUUUUUAUUUUGAUGAAGCUUCUUGUGUUCUUGAAGUGAAUUCUGAGAUGCAGAGUCAUGAUGUGUUUCCUUAUGCAUUAGCAUCACCUUUUGUGACCCCCUCCUCAUUUAUCACUUCCCUGCAGCCUUAGGCCAAAGUGGACUGAUCCUGGUGCCUUCUAUUCAAGGUAUUAACACAUGAGCUUUAUUUAGGGAUGGCUGAAUGGUCCUGAAGCCACCAGCCAUCUUUAUUUUCAUUUUAGGUUGUUGCUUCUAUUUGCUUACCCAUGAAAAGCUUAGAUAUUUAACCAAAGUGUUGUCUGCUUUCCCAGAAGGUUUGGUGCUCUGUUCAGUUAAUGUUUGAGAUCCGACAGCAAUAAUUUGAUGUGAUUUAGUACACUUUGCUUUUGUUCACUUGAUAUCAUGCUCUAUUUUUUUUUGGUUAUCCUUAUGAUCUCAAAUGGAAAUUGUUUGAUAGCACGAAACGCUUGGUGGACUAUAUGCAAGUAACUGUAACAGGAACGUUGCUUAGGCAUCACACUGCUUCAGCAUCCCUCCCUCACCUGUGCAACCUGCAUGUGAGGGUACAAAGUAGUCACUGAGCAACCCAAUGUAAAAUUUCUUUUGAUGAUGUUGUUUACAUUCAUGAACAUCAGUAGGACUUACAUGCAGACAAGUGAUGAGUAUGUUACAACAGAUGAACCAAUGUUGUACUGCUUUGUACAUGAACCAGUUUUAAAUAUGUGUGGUAGAACUAUAAAAACAAAUGAUUUAGACCUGUAUAAUGUAAAGGGCCGUUGAAAAUAGUGAGUCUGUACCCAACAUGUUUUUAUCACAGAAUGAGAAAAGUAGUAUAUGUAUAAUGAAGCUUCUUAAAGCCCACACCUUUUUUGAAGUUAGUUUACAUUAUAGGUGAAGAAAGUGGGAACACAUGAAGGGAAGUAAAAGGAAAAAAAACGCUAUAGCGGCUUCACUUAAGCUGGAUCCUUAACAGUGGAUUGAUUCUCAUCCAGGUUGGUAUGGACAAUGGUAACUGGCUGUUGGCUGGCGGUGUCUCAUGUCUCUGCCACCCAACACCUUCACGUAGGCUCAGAAAAUCUUCCCAUUUCUUUACCUAGCACACCUGUUACACAAUCCUAGCAAAUCUUUUACAUCAUUGGAUCAAGGAGUCAUUAUACAACUAUAACACUAUUUUCAAACCUUGAUCGAGUCAUAAACAGAGUAAUCACGGUGAACAUAAGUAAGAGAAUACCAUUUUUAAAUUAUUGAAAAUAUUUGUAACAAUUAUGGAAUGAAGUUUACAGUACAACAUUGGAUUUCUUACACAAAAUUAUCUGAAUAUGAUGGUGCUUUUAGAGUUUUGAUAAAGUGCAAUAUAAGAAGAGGCAAGAGGGUUUUAUGUGAAUAUGUUGCAUCCUGAGUUACCAACAUUUCUGUUCAUUAAUCAGGAUGCAACAUAUUCACACAAAUCCUUCAUUGUGUCUUCUUAUCUAAAGGCAGAAAACACCGUCAUAUUCCGAAGAAUUUCAUGUACAAGAACAAAUGUUUUAUUGCAAACUAAUUCAUAAUUGCUGUAAAUAUUGAUGAUAAUUUAAAGUGGUGUAAAUCGUUAAAUGGUAUUCUCCUAGUAAACUGAUUUUAAUUAUGUAUAUGUAUACUCUGUUCUUUACCCUAUCAAACUCCCACUUCUUUUCGACAGCUGAAAGUAAUGGCUGUUGAGGGGACGUGCUUGGAAGGGUCAGAAACAUUUUAGUAAAUCAUGUCUCAUUUCAGAAGAGACCCAAUCUUGUUGUAUUGUCAGUUUGACCAGUAUUUCUGAUCGUGGUGUAUUCAUUAUGCCAUUUAUCAUGUUUUUGAUCAUAUAUGACAUAUAUUUCAAUAUCAGGUUGCCCAAAUGAAUUGUAUUAAUAAGGCAAUAAGCCAAUAGUUGAUUUGAUAGCUUGCAUAGAAAUUAAUAUCAUCUUGCUGUUUCCCUUCCUGCAUAUGAAGCUAAUGAAGAGCAUCGUAGGUGAGGCAGGAGGCCCUGACAAGGGAGGAACAAUGGGUGACAGACUUGGCUCCUAACCUGGAGACUGUGCAUGUGGAAGCAUAGCGACAUAGUACAAACCACUAUGAGUGUUUUUAUGGUUCUACUGUACAUUGAGAUUCCCUGUAAUUAUUUAGUCAGUCAAUUUGCUGUUGAUGUUUCUUAUCCCUCACUUUCUUAAUUAGGCUUUGGUUUCUUGAUGAUGAAGUGUUUGGGUCCCUCUUGUUGGGCGUGUCCAUCAGCCACCACAGGUGAGCUGUGUGCACUGCCUUCCUAACCUGGCCACAAGGACUUCAAAAAGUGUUAAAGACAUUGAGUUUUGGGACCAGAGGCUUACUCUUUGUAGUCCUUUACGUAAGAAGGAUUUUUUUUUAAUACUGAAUGAAUAGUGUUGAAAUACAUCCUUGAAUAAC